GGUUAAGAAGUCAUGUUAAAGGUGAUAACCCUGGCACUAGCAGUGAUGAAGAAGAUGAUACUGGGACCAACUGUAUUGGAAGGAGUGUUGGUAAAAGGCGACGAGCCAAACAAGGAAGUGAUGGGAACAGCAUUUGUGAUGAAGGCUACAUGGCAAGAAGUGAUGACAAACCUAGCACAAGCAGUCACAGCAGAGAUUUCAAUGCAAGAAGUAAAGACAUCCCUGCCAUUAGUGUUAAUGAUGAAGAUUAUUCUUCAUAUUUAACUCUCGUGGCAUCGCUUUCUGGCGAUUCUUCAGAUGAUGAGGAUUUAAAUCAAGCUAUAAUUGCAAGCUUGGAGAAUCAGAUUGCAGAAAACGUCCCUGUUCAAGAGAUACUGCUGGAACUAUCAAGCAAAAUUAGCACAAAACAGCAGUGCAAAUUUAAUAUAAAUCGCUCUGCUGUGUGGGAGGGAGCCUUGCGUGGUUUUCAAAGGCUAUCUUAUGAUCCCAACUUGAUGAUCUGUGUGAAAUUCUCAGAUGAUAUGGGGAAAAAUGAGGAAGGGGUUGAUUUAGGUGGGCCAAGGAGGGAAUUCUUGAGACUAUUGAUGGACACCAUUGCCAGGUCAGCCAUGUUUGAGGGGAAAGAAAACUGCAAGAACUUGGCUCUUGACAGUACUGCUCUCAGAGGGGACUGGUACUACAUCUCUGGCCGAGCCAUUGCAGUGAGCUUGGUACAUGGUGGUCCACCACCUAACUUUCUGUCACCAACAGUAUUUUCUCUUCUGGUUGGAAAUUCAGCAAAUCCAGCCCUGGAAGACAUAGCUGACCUGGAACUCUUCGAAAAAGUCAAAAAGAUAUCUCAAAGUACAACCCUUGAGGACCUUGAAAAGUCAAAAGAACCUCUGCUUGAUUACUUGGCCAAUGCAGGAUGCCUGAGGCCUAUGCGUUCACUAAGAGACAGGGAUCUGCUGGUACAUGAUAUUGUCAUGUUUCAGGUCAUCCACAGGGUUCAAGGUCCAUUUCAAAGAUUUUGUGAAGGUCUGAAAACUCUUGGCGUUCUCGAGAAAAUGAGGAGGCAUCCAGACAGCUUUCGCCCUCUUUUCUGCUAUGAGCCACAUAUGCUGACUGCUGACCAGGUAGAUGAUCUUUUCAACAUUCAUCUAUCUCCAGAAGGAAGCAACAGAAGAGCUGCUGAGGAGAUGGUUGUUACCUUCUGGAGAGACUAUCUCCAAGACGCAGAAGAGAACCCCGGUAGUUGUACUGCGGAGUCCGGUACCUUGUCCGAUAGCCAGGUUUCUGUGAGGCAGAUCACGCAGCAGUCCCGCAUCUCUCGCUGGAAUGAGAUCCGUGCCCGAAGCUCGCACAGCUUGUUCUCCAGAGACUGCACAUUAGCCAGUAAUAAGCUGGGUAACGGUGGUCUGUUAGUGCGCCGUCUCAGUCGAACCAGAACGCCAGAUCUUCUCCCUCUGCGUCGGCGUUUGCGGCCUCCACGGGCCCAGAACAAAGGCGUCUCAGUAAGGUUUGUCGGUCGUACACAAGGAGACAUGUGCUACUCGUGA